AGGCUACAACGCGAGAUUCUGAUGGAUCCUGAUCUCAAGCGAUAUUCCGUCAUCAUGCUGGAUGAAGCUCACGAGCGGACAAUCGCUACGGAUGUGCUGUUUGCCCUACUAAAGAAGACAGCCAAGAAACGGGACGACCUCAAAAUCAUCGUUACAAGUGCGACGCUAGACGCAGACAAGUUUAGCGAGUACUUCAACUCAUGCCCAAUCUUUACGAUCCCUGGACGAACCUUCCCUGUCGAGAUCCUUUAUUCUCGAGAACCGGAAUCCGAUUAUCUAGAUGCGGCGCUGACGACCGUGAUGCAAAUCCACCUGAGCGAGCCCAUGGGCGAUAUUCUGGUCUUCUUAACAGGCCAAGAGGAAAUCGAUACAGCGUGCGAGAUCCUGUACGAACGAAUGAAGGCCCUGGGGCCCGGCGUUCCGGAGCUCAUCAUCCUGCCGGUUUACUCUGCGCUGCCGAGUGAGAUGCAGAGCAGGAUCUUCGAGCCAGCUCCGCCUGGCAGUCGCAAAGUGGUCGUUGCCACCAAUAUCGCCGAAACGUCGAUCACGAUUGACUACAUCUACUACGUGGUCGAUCCCGGCUUCGUAAAGCAGAACGCGUACGAUCCGAAGCUCGGAAUGGACUCCUUGGUCGUUACCCCCAUCUCGCAGGCGCAGGCGAACCAGCGAGCGGGCCGUGCCGGCCGCACCGGGCCGGGCAAGUGCUUCCGCUUGUACACCGAGGCCGCCUACCAGUCGGAAAUGCUCCCAACCACGAUUCCGGACAUCCAGCGGCAAAAUUUGUCCAACACGAUUCUGAUGCUCAAGGCGAUGGGGAUAAACGACCUCCUCCGCUUCGAUUUCAUGGAUCCGCCGCCCGUCAACACCAUGCUCACGGCGCUCGAGGAGCUGUACGCACUCGGAGCGCUGGACGACGAAGGACUGCUAACCCGGCAGGGGAGGAAAAUGGCGGAUUUCCCCAUGGAGCCGACGCUGUCUAAGGUGCUCAUUGCUUCCGUCGAGAAGGGCUGCUCGGACGAGAUGGUGACCAUCGUCUCGAUGCUCAACCUUCAACAAAUCUUCUACCGCCCCAAGGAGAAGCAGAACCAGGCCGACCAGAAGAAGGCCAAGUUCCACGACCCGUCGGGCGACCACCUCACACUCCUGAACGUGUACACGUCGUGGAAAAACAGUGGGUACUCCACCGCGUGGUGCUUCGAAAACUUCAUCCAGGCGCGCUCGAUGCGGAGGGCCAAGGACGUCCGCGACCAGAUCGUCAAGAUCAUGGAGCGGCACCGGCACCCGAUCAUCAGCUGCGGGCGCGACUCGGACAAGAUCCGGCAGGCGCUGUGCGCCGGUUUCUUCCGCAACACGGCGCGCAAGGACCCGCAGGAGGGCUACCGGACGCUGACAGAGGGCACGCCCGUGUACCUGCACCCGAGCUCGGCGCUGUUCGGCAAGCAGGCCGAGUGGGUCAUCUACCACACGCUGGUGCUCACGACGCGCGAGUACAUGCACUUCAGCACGAGCAUCGAGCCCCGGUGGCUGGUCGAGGCCGCGCCAACCUUCUUCAAGCUCGCGCCGACCGACAAGCUGUCCAAGCGGAAGAAGGCCGAGCGGAUCCAGCCGCUGUACAACAAGUACCAGGGCGAGGACGACUGGCGGCUGAGCGCGCAGCGGCGCGUGGGCAGGUCGGGCGGCGGCGGUGGCACGUGGGGUUAAGCGCCUGCCAUCGUCGUCGUUGUCGUGGUCAUCGUCGCUGUUAUUGUGGUCGUGUGAUGUUGCGUUGUAGAGGCGGGAUAGCGUGGCGGC